UUCUGUCUGAGUCGAAUAAGAGAUAAAACACUGGCCAUAAAACGUGUUGGUCGAUGGUAACACCUCCUAUUAGCGCACUGGCUCGUAAUUUGAUGGACAAAAUUGGCCUCGUAAGACUACUCAAGGAAAACCAACUUGUAUUGAGUUAUAGACGUGAAAAUUGAUCGCAGACACUUAACAACAGCACAGGAUAAUACUCGAUACGAAAAUAUAUAUUGUUUUUUUCAGACUUUAUUUCGGAAAAAUCUAAAAAAAAUGAAUACGAUAAUUAAUUCCGCAAAUACAAUUAUAAAUUCUGCGUCACCACCAAUGCUUGGUUUCCAGUCUCAGUAUAGUUCCGGUGGGCAUUUUCAACAGAUGUAUAAUACACAGCCCGUCCAGCGUCCGUCCUUCGCCAUCCAGGAAAUUCUUGGACUUCCCACUCAGUCUUGCCGACAAAACCAAAGUCCGGACUUACUUGACCCACAGGGCAUGUCACCAUCUAAUAUAAUGUACAUUUCCGGACUAAACUCCGGACUAAAUUCCGGACAUAAUUCCGGAUCGUGUGGAGGGGAAAUGCCUCAGCAGCAGAAUUACUACCGCGAUCAAACAAUGAUGCCACAGACCUCUUGUGCCAACUUCAAUCCAUGGCGGAUGGACACAUCCUACAACCAGUACCAACCCAACGUCAUCCAGACCAGUCCCGACCUCCCGGGACCCAGGUACGGGGAUAACCCGGGAUACGGCCUCAAAGCUCCAUGUCUAGAUGAUGUGACCCAGAGACCUGAGUGUGCACACAUACAGAAGUCGGAGUGUGGCCACGGAAAAAAGCAGAAGAAGAGACGGCGACACAGAACAAUAUUCACGAGCUACCAGAGUGAUGAGCUAGAGAAGACAUUUAAGGAGGCUCACUACCCAGACCUGUACACCCGGGAGGUUUUGGCACUGAAGGUUGACCUACCUGAGGAUCGCAUUCAGGUUUGGUUUCAAAACAGACGAGCAAAAUGGCGAAAAAGCGAGAAGACUUGGGGGAAGAGUAGUAUUAUGGCAGAAUACGGUCUGUACGGAGCCAUGGUUAGACACGCACUUCCCCUUCCGGAAUCUAUCCUCAAAUCAGCUAACAAGGGCAUCGAUAAGUCAAACGCACCGUGGCUGUUAGGUAUGCAUAAGAAGUCUAUUGAGGCGUCUAAGAAAAUGAAAGAGGAGGAGAACGAAGAAGAGGAAGGACAAGACAAUAAACAAAAGGAUGAGUUCCGGUCGGAGAGUAUAGCUGCGUUACGCGCAAAGGCACAGGAACAUAGUGCCCGUAUGUUACAAGCUCUCAACAGGGAAGGAAAACAAAACUUUGAGGAAACAAGCAACAGUUCUUUUGACAGUUCAUUUUUCUCGGACUCAGGUGAUACCUCCACAGAUAUAGCCAGGCAGUGAUUCACACAUUGCCUUCCUGUUAUUCCACUAGUCCAGUAUACAACAGUAUACUACAACGCUAAAACGGGUGCCAUCCACAUAGCCUUGCUGUACACCACUGUAUCUUGUGUACAUUGCAUUGUACACUCUUGUACUGUGCAUGAUCACUUUCAUUGUUUGUGUAUGCUUACACUGUGUUUAUAAUGCAUUGCUUCCAUAUAUUGUACACAAUGUGUUGAUCAGUAUUGUAUGUAUGCACUAUUUAGGUACGUGAACAUUGUAUGCUUACACUUUAUUGUGCAUUGAAAUACAACAUCUUAUUACAGUGGUGUUGUCUAUACAUAGUGUCCUAAAUAUCAAUUAACAGAUGUUACUUGUUGAUCUCAUCAAAUUUUUGCGACAAUGAUUGAGAAAGUAUAGUAGAUUUGAUUUAAACAUAUUUUAUUCGUUCAAUCAAACACAUGGGAUUAGGCACACGCCAUCACAACUUUGAAAAGCCUUCUCCCAAGUAUAGUAGAGCCAUUGAGCCCCAGGUUUGACCGCUAUAGCAUUAUUACGAAGCACAAGUAAGAAUUUCUCCGAAACACCACACGUCUAAAGAUCUCAUCUAUCAUGUAAAAUGCAUUUCAUACAAAUGAUAUAUGUAUAUUGGGGUUUUCACACUUGAUCUUGUAUAACCGUUAAGGUAUUGUGAAAUGAUGCAAUCAUAAAUGUAAUGAUCAUUACCUACUGUUAUCUGAAUGUUUAAUAGGGUCCGCUCUUGGGUCCCUGUGAUCAGCCACCGUCUUCAAAAUGUUCACAACUCAAAUCAAUGCCUGUGUCUGUUCCGUGUCUUUUGUCUGUUCUCGUUAUUUUGUCAAUCCUCGUUAUUUUGUCUGUUCUUGUUAUUUUGUCUGUUCUCGUUAUUUUGUCUGUUCUUGUUACAUUGAAUGUUCUCGUUACUUUAAUUGUCUGUUCUUGUCUGUUCUUGUCUGUUCUCGUUAUUUCGUCAAUUCUCGUUAUUUUGUCUGAUUUCGUUACAUUGAAUGUUCUCGUUAUUUGACUUGUCUGUUCUCGUUAUUUUGUCUGUUCUCGUUAUUUUGACUGGUCGCGUUACUUGUGUAUGUUUUCGUUGCUUUGUCUGUUCUUGCAACCCUUUUCUGGUUUUUUUAACUGUACUUUGUCUAUUCUCGUUACUUUAAUUGUCUGUCCUCGUGACUUUGUCUUUUCUCGAUACAUUAAUGUUCGUUCUCGUGACUUUGUCUAUUCUCGUUACUUUAAUGUUUGUUCUCGUGACUUUGUCUAUUCUCGUUACUUUAGUUGUCUGUUCUCGUGACUUUGUCUUCUCUCGUUACUUUACUGUUCGUUCUCGUGACUUUGUCUUCUCUCGUUACUUUAUUAUCGUUACUUUAGUUGUCUAGUCUCGUUACUUUAACGUUUGGUCUGGUGACUUUGUCUUUUCUCGUUACUUUAGUUGUCUGUUCUCGUGACUUUGUCUUCUCUCGUUACUUUACUGUUCGUUCUCGUGACUUUGUCUAUUCUCGUUACUUUCCUGUUCGUUCUCGUGACUUUGUCUUCUCUCGAUACAUUAAUGUUCGUUCUCGUGACUUUGUCUAUUCUCGUUACUUUAAUGUUUGUUCUCAUGACUUUGUCUAUACUCAUUACUUUAAUUGUCUGUUUUCGUGAGUUUGUCUAUUCUCGUUACUUUAAUUGUCUGUUCACGUUAUUUCGUCAAUUAUCGUUCCUAAUCUCUCUCGUUACUUGUACUUGUGUAUGUUUUCGUUGUUUUGUCUGGUCUCGUCUGUUCUCGUUAUUUUGUCAAUUCUCGUAGCUUUGUAUGGUCUCGUUGUUUUGUCUGGUCUCGUCGGUUCUCGUAAUUUUGUCAAUUCUCGUUGCUUUAUUUGUUCUCGUUACUUGUACUUGUGUAUGUUUUUGUUGUUUAUGUGUAAUCUCGAUACUUUGUUCCAGUUACUUCGUUCUCAUGACGUUUGGUCUUUUUGUGCUAUAUAUAUCUUCACCUCGUUGAAUUGUAAAUAUUAAAUAUGUAUAUUUAUGAGGAAUUGAAAGUUUAUGAUAUUGAUUGUAAGUUAACUUUUGUGUAUAUAUCUUUCUCAGUCGAUGAGUAGUUACCGUAUAAUUUAUUCAAAUAUAGAAUAACAUGUUGUAACACAAUUUGUACGCCGUAUGAUUAUUUUUGAUUUUGUUUAGAUGAAAUGAAAGUACAGUAUGUUUAAAAUAUUCGAUCGAUAUUUUUAGUUGCAAUGAUUGCAUUAAUUACAGAUUUUAAAAUUCUUAAGUUUAUACUCGGCGUAUAUAUGCUGCUGGUCGCGUGCGUGUUAUAGAAGUUGACUAUGUGUGUACUAAUGGUCAGCCUUUUCUGACCUUGACCUCGUUACAGCUCUAUUUUGUGUCAUAAAAGGUGCAAUAUAUUUUUAUUUCAAAUAAAGAACAACA